AUGCCUGAACCGAAGAAGCCAGUGCCCACUCCUGCUGCUGAGGAGGCAAAACCGGUUGUGAAGGAAGUGAUUCCAGGGGAGGAACGUCAGAUGUCCGAGGUCACAGGCCUCUUUGUGCAGAGGCCGGAGAGUGCCACGGCAAUUAAAGGGAAGGACAUCACCUUCGUGGCCAAGGUGGACUCCUCCAAAAUGCUGAGGAAGCCCGCCAUUAAGUGGGUGAAAGGAAAGUGGAUGGACCUGGGCAGCAAGGCAGGCAAACACCUGCAGUUUAAGGAGACGUAUGACCGGAAUAGCAAGAUCUACACGUACGAGAUGAGCAUCAUAAAGAUUGUAGACGCAGACGCAGGCGGGUACAGAUGUGAGGUCACCGCCAAAGACAAGUGUGACAGCUGUUCGUUUGAAAUCACAGUGGAAGUCGUGGAAGAGGCACAGCAGCAAGCCAACAUUCUGGAGUCCUUUAAACGCUCCGGAGACGCAGGUGAAGACGCAGGCGAUCUGGACUUCAGUGGUUUGCUUAAGAAAAGAGAGGUGAAAGUGGCGGAGAAGGAGGAGGUGGACGUGUGGGCGAUCUUGACCAAAGCCGAUCCCUGUGACUAUGAGAAGAUUGCCUUUGAGUAUGGCAUCACUGACCUCAGGGGCAUGCUCAAGAGGCUGAAGAAGAUGAGGAAGCCCGUGGAGCCCAAGAAGAGCGACGCAUUCGUGAAGAAACUGGACGACGCCUACUCAGUGAUGAAGGGCAAGAGGAUUCAGCUUGUUGUCGAGGUGGCUAACCCCAACGCUCAAGCGAAAUGGCUGAAGAAUGGAGUAGAGAUCAAACCCUCGGCCAAGUAUGUGUUUGAGACUGUAGGGUCUCUGAGAAAGCUGACCAUCAACAAAUGUAACCUCUCGGAUGACGCUGCCUAUGAGUGCGUUGUGGACGAUGAAAAGUCUUUCACUGAAGUCUUUGUGAAGGAACCUCCGGUCCUGAUCACAAAGGCACUGGAUGACAUGCACGUGGUGGUUGGAGACAAGGUGGAGUUUGAGUGUGAGGUUUCUGACGAGGGAGCCAAUGUCAUAUGGAUGAAGGAUGGGAUCGAGAUCACCCGCGACCUCACAAGGUACCGCAUGAAGAAAGAUGGCAAGAAGCACAUGCUCGUCAUCGGCGAGGCCACUAAAGACGACAUCGGAGGAUUCACCGUGUUCACUAAUGGGGGACACUCUGAGGCAGAGUUGGACGUGGAAGGUAGAGUGGUUACCCUGUGGGAUGUGCUCCAGAGCAUUGCCGACCUGACAGUGAAAGCAGCGGAACAGGCCGUGUUCAAAUGUGAAGUGUCCGACGAAAAGGUGACUGGCAAGUGGUUAAAAGAUGGUGUGGAGGUCGUACCUAAUAACCGCUUCAAGAUGUCACAUGUGGGAAGGAUUCACAAGCUGACGAUCAAUGAUGUGAAGCCAGAGGACGCAGGAGAUUACACGUUUGUGCCAGAUGGAUACGCUCUGUCACUCUCUGCUAAACUCAACUUCCUGGAAAUCAAGAUCGAUUAUGUUCCUCACCAGGACCCACCCAAAAUCCACCUGGACACCACUGGGAGUAUGGUCAGCAAGAACACUAUUAUCGUUGUGGCCGGCAACAAGCUCCGCCUCGAUGUGGAAAUCACAGGAGAUCCGGCCCCCACUGUGUGCUGGAGGAAGGGAGACACUGAGAUCACCGAAGCGGAGGGCCGGGUGCGUGUGGAGACCAGGAAGAAUCUGAGCAGCUUUGUCAUCGAGGGGGCUGAGAGGAGCGAUGAGGGGAAAUACACCAUCACUGUCACCAACCCUGCCGGAGAGGACCAGGCCGAACUCACAGUUAAGAUUGUGGAUGUGCCUGAUCCCCCUCAGAAUGUCAAGUGCACUGGGGUGGGAGAGGACACAGCUACAAUCAUCUGGGAGGCCCCUAAGUUCGACGGUGGAGCACCCAUUAAAGGUUAUUUGAUGGAGAGGAAGAAGAAGGGUUCCGCAAGAUGGACCAAGCUGAACUUUGACAUCUUUGAGUCAACCACUUACGAGGCCAAGAAGAUGAUUGAGGGCACAAUGUAUGAGAUGAGAGUUUUCGCUGUCAACGGCAUUGGCAUCUCACAGCCUAGUGAGACUUCGAAGCCUUUCAUGCCAAUAGCCCCAACAAGUGAGCCCACUCGUCUCGUGGUGGAUGAUGUCACAGACUCCACCUGUGCCCUGAAGUGGCGUCCGCCUGAGCGACUCGGGGCCGGAGGCAUCGAUGGCUAUAUCAUCGAAUGGUGCAAGGAGGGAGGAACUGAGUGGGUGCAGGCCACUGAGCAGCCGGUGGAGAAGAACAAUUACCGGGUCAGGAAUCUUCCUGUGGGCGAGAAGCUCCUAUUUAGGGUGUUUGCAGUGAACAUUGCUGGACGCAGUCCUCCAGCAACCAUGCAGCAAGCUGUUACCAUCCGGGAGAUCAUGGAGCAACCUAAGAUCCGUCUCCCACGGCAACUCAGAACCAAAUUCAUCAGGAAGGUUGGCGAGAAGAUCAAUCUGGUCAUUCCCUUCCAGGGAAAACCCCGGCCCAGCGUGACUUGGACCAAAGAUGGCGAGCCCCUGGACACUAAGACAGUUAACGUGCGCACAAGCGAAGUGGACACCAUCCUGUUCAUCCGCUCGGCUGAGCGGGAGCACUCCGGGAAGUACACGCUGACCGUGCAGAUCGAGAACAUGGAGGACAAAGGCACCGUGGAGAUCCAGAUCGUGGAGAAGCCUGGUCCUCCUGUGGAGGUGACGGUGACUGACGUGUGGGGCUUUAACGCAGCUCUGGAGUGGAAGCCACCUAAAGAUACUGGCAACUGUGAGAUUCUGGGAUACAUCAUCCAGAAAGCUGACCUGAAAACCAAGGAGUGGUUUACAGUAUAUGACCACAACCGCAGGCCUCACUGCACUGUGUCUGACCUGGUCAUGGGGAAUGAGUACACCUUCCGUGUGCUCAGUGAGAACCUCUGCGGUCGGAGUGAUGAAGCCGGCAUCAGCAAGAACACGGCUGUCAUAUCCAAAACAGAUCUGGAACACAAUCCACCCUCCUACAAGGAGAUGGACCCAAACAGUUCUCCCAAGUUUAUCACACCCCUGGUGGACAGGUCUCUCAUAGCAGGCUACAGUGCUGCUAUCACCUGUGCUGUUCGAGGCUUUCCUAAGCCUAAGAUCGUGUGGAUGAAGAACAAGAUGAUUAUUGGUGAUAAUCCAAAGUUCAUCAUGCAAAAUAACCAGGGUGUUCUGACCCUGAACAUCCGGAAGCCUGGCAAAUUUGAUGGCGGGAACUACACCUGCAGAGCUAUCAAUGACCUGGGAGUGGACGAGGUGGAGUGCAGGCUAGAGAUCCGAGUCGUAACAGAGAAAGAAGAGGACAAGAAGUAAUGAAAGGAAGAAGAAGAAGAAGAAAAAGAAAUGGGCAGAAAACAACAUAGCUUGUAGAAUUAGAAUAAAAGUCUUAAACAUUUUACUUCCCACUAUUAUACUCUUCUCAGUAUUAUUCUAUUCUCAGUAGCAUUAGAACGUAUGAUCCCCAAAUAGAAGGUGAAAGAUGGUCAUGGCCAAGACAGCUACUGGUGUUGUAAAAUAAAAUAUUCUCCAUA